AUGUCGAUGAACAGAGAUAUCUUCCGUUUCCAUUCUUCCGAGUCCAUGGACAGCAAUUUAAACUUGCAGCCUGAUAACCCAUUUCAACUUCCAAGUUCCAUAAGAGAUGCGCCAAAUGACUGUAAUUUUACUGUUGCUAACUAUCCAGUUCCAUCACCAUUGCCUUUGGGAGGUUAUGAGGGUUUUAUAACUGGGGCAAACAACAGCACUUCUGGAGGGAACCAAACUAGGUACGAAAAUGGACGAUGUGAAGCAUUUAUAUGGGAUAACACGGAUCCAGAAGAGAAAUCCAAGACAAGUGGAUUUGAAGUAGAAGAGGAUGCAGCUAGAGCUCAUGACCUAGCUGCUCUAAAAUUAUGGGGAGAGUCUGCGAGUUUGAAUUUUCCGUUAAGCAACUACGUGAAUGACCUGAAAGAAAUGAAGUCAUUUACGAAGAAGGAAUACUUUCUACACAUCAGAAGAAGCAAGACGGGUUUAGCCAAGACGGUAUCCAAUUACCGUGGAGUUUCGAGGAACGCGCACAACAAAAAAUGGCAAGUUAGGUUAGGAAAAGGAAAAGACAUUGAUAGCAUUUACGUGGGAACAUUUGAUACCGAAGAGCAAGCCGCCGAAGCAUAUGACGUUGCAGCUAUAAGGGUGAAAGGGCCGAAAUCAAUCACCAAUUUUGAUAAAAGUAACUACGAUGUCAAACAGAUUCUUGAAAGCCCAAAAUUUCUAAUUGAUAAAGGUGCAUCGAAGACGUUGAGGCGGAGUUCAGUUGAUGAUGUGCUUCAAAAGAGAAGAAAGACUCGCAAUGACUCCAGCUCAACCCCUAGUGCCCCACCACCACUUCACCCAAUAGAUCAAACUCAACCAACGGCAAUCGAUUCAAGCCUUCAAUAUCAAUUUCCGAUCCCUUACCUCCAAGUUCCAGUCCCUCACGGUUACCAAAACCCUAUCUUUGAAGCAAACCGAAGUUUCAGUCCUCAGUAUGACUAUGGUGGAAGUGAGCCAAUAGCCCAGCUUCAACCUUUCAUACCCUUAUUGAAUCAAGAGUUUCCAUCUCACCAGUAUUGUAACAGCAAUUCCCAGCACCACCUUGAUCAAACCCCUAGCUCCCAGUUCCUUCAAGACACUCAGAACCCUAAUCUUGUUGCUGGGUUGAACAACCUUGCAAGUGAUAGCUGUACGGAAGAAUUUUCCAGCAGUCAGGUUCAUGAGGCGAGUUUCGAGAUGAUGGGGACGAACGAGGGUGGUGCUCACGGUGAUGGUAGCAGUCAAGUAGUUGGAAAUCUUGGUGAUCCUGUGUUUGGGCUGGGCAAUUCUGACUUGGAUCCUGUUAGCUGGCUGGAAACGUUCUUGAGGAUGAGCCCACAACGUCCUGAUUCUAAGGUGUGA